AUGGCGCCCAUCCUGGCGCCUGCGGUGGCGGCCACGGGCCGACGGCGCGACCUGCAUCCAAAGCCAAUUUUUGAUGAGCCCUCCCUGCGCAGCUUCCUCACCGGCCAUGGCGCCAAACCGGUGCACAUGGGCCGGAUUUGGAAGCACGUCACGUCUCAGCUCCGCCUGGGCUGUCCCCCUUCGGACGUGUCGUUGGUGGACGUCCCCGGACUGCCCAAUGGCCUGGGAGUGGCCCUGGCGGCCAACUUCACGGUGUUGACCUCGCAGGUGGUGCAGCGGCACGUCUCGGAACUGGACGGCACCAUGAAGCUCUUGAUCCGCCUGCAGGACGGCAGUGAGGUUGAGGCUGUAGUGAUCCAUCACUCUGGAGAGGCGGAACAUCCAGAGCAGAGACAGGCGGAUCGCUGUGGUGAACGAGACACAUUGUGCGUCAGUUCACAGGUUGGAUGUCGCUUAGGAUGCCGCUUUUGCGCCACAGGCACCAUGGGCCUGUUGGGCAACCUGUGGGCCGGCGAGAUCCAGGAGCAGUUGAUCCACGCGCGCACGCAGAAGGGCCACUCUGAUUCUGUUUGCAACGUGGUCUUUAUGGGCAUGGGCGAGCCGCUGGAGAACUACGAAGCUGUAGCCUCGGCGAUCCGCGGCCUGGUGGAUCCCAUGCGCUUCGGCCUGGCGCCCAGCAGCGUGACUGUCUCGACUGUGGGAAGUUCUCCGCACCAUAUGCAGCGUUUGCUGGAGGAGCUGCCAAAGAUCAGACUAGCGGUGAGUCUUCAUGCGCCGAACCAAAGUCUCAGAGAAGAGCUGGUUCCGGCGGCCAAGGCAAUCCCCAUCGACAAGCUUCUGGCCAUUGUCGACGACCAUGCAAAGAAGGGGGAGGCAAAACGCCUUCGAACCGUCAUGGUCUCCUAUGUGCUUUUGAAGGGCGUCAACGAUUCACUGGACCACGCACGCGAGUUGUCGGCCCUCCUGUCCGACCGUCCUGUGAUUGUGAAUCUCAUUCCGUACAAUCCCUUCGAAGGCAACAUCUACGGAUACGAAGAGCCGUCCCCUGCCACUGUGGACGAGUUCCUGCAAGUGCUUGCAGAAAGCAACAUCAGGGUCUUUGAGCGUCGACAUCAUGGUCGAGACAUCGCAGCGGCCUGUGGGCAGCUGGCCAAGCUGGGGACCAGUGCGACCGGCCUGGAGACGGACAUCGAAAAUGGCGGCUGCACUCUGAACAAGGACCUGGUCCGCAAGAAAUCGCCGAAAUGGUCAGGAUCAUCACCGCGCGGUGAGAUGUGGAGGUCAGUUCUGCUGCUGGGGGCCAUGGGUGGUUUGGUUGCCCUGGGUGCCUUUUCAUUGCGACGCUGGCGACGGUGA